AUGAUUUAUGAUGAAGAGAAUCAACGGCAGCCAGACUAUACGAACUACGACAUCGAGCAGCAACAGACACAGCAGGAAGAAGAGGAUGAUGGUGCGGAAUCCGACUACUCGCUUGACUAUGAAUAUCUAGGCCCACGUAAAGCAAACUACAGAGGCGAAGAUGACGCUGAUUCAGUUGCAUCUGAUUUAUCCAGCACUUGCCGUGAUGAUGGUUUCGAUAUGUGGGAUGAAGAUCCAUAUAGCACAAAUGAUUUUACUUGGGAAUCAAACGACAUGCGCUUGACAUUUUUCAUCAAACAAAGACAACGGCAGCUGGAUGCCAUCAACUCAAUUGCGCCAUGGCAGCAGAAUUCGUUUUGGAAGAAAGAAAAGGGUUGGCCUAAACAAUUGCCUGCUUCCAGUUCCACAACAAAUCAUGAUCAGUCAGCAAAUGCGUUGUCACUGGUUUUAUCCGAUCUUGGUUCUUCUGAGAAGCUUCAUGCUGUUUACAGAGACAGAAUCAUUGAAUGUGGGAACUACGAGAAGGAAAUACUUCUCAAUACAAUCAAGCAGGAGAAAAUCAACACGACAACCUAUUUGGACAAUGUCGACAACGAUACAGUCCAGCAAGCAGCCAAUGCGUCUGAUAAAUUCAUCGCAACACAUGCUUCCAUUUCACACUCAUCCAUCCAUAGCAACACCACGCAUAGUAAAUAUCAACCCAACACUGUAAAUACAUCCUCCACAACAAACGACAAAUUCAUCUCCAAAUUCAUUCCCUACACAAAAUACAUUCGACGUUCUCAUUUCCCCAUCAUUUUACCGCAGAAUUCUUACUUGUCCUUGGGGUUUGAACCCAUGUGUCUGGCAGAGAAAUACGGAUACAUGGCCAUCGGUGGCAUAGAGGGUGAAUUCGAGCUUUACUGCUGUAUGGAUAGCGCAAAGCCAAUCAAGAUAUGGGGCACCAAAUUCAAGGGUAAGAACAAUGUGCUGCUCAUGACGAAUGCAGUGCAGGUUGUGCGAUGGAAGAAGCAGGAUCACGACUAUAACUACUAUCUGAUUGCGUGCAUGAAUGAUGCUGGUAUACUGAUAUAUGAUCUACCCAGUCACCGCCAAUGCCAGACCACUGCAAACACUUGUCAUCUCCAAUGCCACAUACGUGCGUUUGAUCGUGUGCCUAUCAAUGAUGCACGCGUGAGUCCUGAUGGCAACCAUCUGGUGUGUGUAGGCGACGAAGCUUGUAUAUUCCAUAUAUCCAUCUCUUUCAACAAACAGGGCAAAAUUGCAUUUGGACAUCCACACAAAUUAAAGAUACCCCUUUCCAUUCUAUCCAUCAAUCAUCAGCAUCCACUUUCAAAGUCAUUUGGUAAACCUCGAGCUACUUCAUCAUCGCCAUCAACAUCCACUGCUACUUCCAGUACCUUUUCGUCGCAAUACGUUGCUUGGAGCAAAUCGUCCAUCUACUUUGCACAAACAUCCGACACGCAAAACAAUGUCUUUGUAUGGCGCACAAAACCUCACUUUGAAAUACUGUUUAGCAUCGAUGCUGGCGGCUACACCUAUGCCAUCCAGUUUCAUCCAGAGCUUGAAGGCGUCUUGGCAUUCUCCAAUCGAUACGGCUACUUACAUACAGUGAAUUUGGACGAAUGCGUCUCUCGUCUGGACUCACAUCGAACCAUACGCUUGCUAGACUACGACCGACAAACAACCCAUAGCAAUGGCCAUACCUGUACGGAUAAAUGUUUGCAAGGUGAUGAAGCUGUGCAUCAUACAUUGCAUUUGUUAGCACGACACGAAAUCACCAUGGUUUCAUUUCGAGGAGAAAAGAACAAACGCCUGCGUAUUCUGGCCAAAAUCAAUGGGCUACAGUGGUCUCGCGAUGGACGGUAUCUCUACGUAUCAACAAAAAAACGCGUCUUGGCCUACGAGUUUGUGCAGUCUUCGUGCCAUGUGCAGAGCCUAGAAAAGAUGGCUAGUUUAGCAGCAUUGUCCAUUUUGGAGAGAAAUACAAAGAGGAAGAGAAGAGAUCAAAAGCAAGGAUUCGAGGAAGAAACAGAAGAUGAAGAAGAAGAAGCGAGCAAAAGGAAACGGAGAAUUUGGUGUGAGAAAUGGUGUAAAAUACCAGCGCAUGUUCGACACAACGUACUCGGUGACACACAUUUAGCCAGUCAUUGGUAA